CUUCGGGGCCUCACGUUCAGUUUGUCUCCGCCAGUGGCUUCGGUAGGAGAUCAAUUUGAGUACUGCUAUUCAUUUUGCUGUUUGCGGGUCGUGUUCCUAAGGCGCAUCUAAUCAUGGGAGCCAUGUUCAGGAGUGAGCAGAUGGAUCUGGUCCAGCUGCUCAUCCAACCGGAGGCAGCCUACCCAUCGUUGGCAGAGCUCGGAGAGCUGGGAAUCGUGCAGUUUCGAGAUCUCAAUGCGGAUAUCAAUGUUUUUCAACGGAAGUAUACCAGCGAAAUUCGCAGAUGCGAUGAAAUGGAACGGAAGAUCGGUUACAUCCGUCGCGAGCUGACGAAAGAUGAAGUUCCCACUCCGGAUCUGUCGGAGAAUCUGCCGAGAACUCCGAACUCACGUGAAAUCAUCGAUCUUGAAGCCGCACUGGAGAAAACUGAGAACGAGAUCGUCGAACUGUCCGAAAACAGCCAAGCUCUGCUGCAGAACUACAUGGAGCUGAACGAGCUGAAAAAUGUUCUCGAGAAAACUCAAGGUUUUUUCACCGAUAAAUCGGCCGUUCAGAAUCUGGAGGGAACUGGCGGGGAUCCGUACAAUGAGAACAAACCGCUGGGCUUCGUAGCAGGAGUAAUCCCACGUGAGCGCAUCAUCGGUUUCGAGAGAAUGCUUUGGCGCGUAUCACGUGGUAAUGUCUUUCUACGUCAAACACCGAUUGAUAAGCCACUGACGGAUCCGCGCUCGGGCGACGAGGUGUACAAGAUAGUAUUCGUUGCCUUUUUCCAAGGAGAGCAACUGAAGUCACGCGUCAAGAAGGUCUGCUCCGGUUAUCAUGCCUCGCUGUACCCCUGUCCGAAUGAGUAUAACGAACGGGCCACCAUGCUGCAAGGUGUUCGCACCCGCAUCGAGGACCUCAACAUGGUUAUCAACCAGACCAAGGAUCAGCGCCAGCGGGUGCUGCUGAGUGUGGCCAAAGAGGUUCCCAAGUGGGAGAUCAUCGCGAAGAAAGUGAAAGCGAUCUAUCACACUCUGAACAUGUUCAACGUAGAUGUCUCCAAGAAGUGUCUGUUCGGUGAAGCUUGGGUACCGACUGCCAACUUGCAGGAUGUAAAAAAUGCUCUGGUCUCUGGGUCGUCGGCGGUAGGAAGCACGGUGCCAUCGUUUCUGAAUGUUAUUUCGACCCAUGAAGAACCACCGACCUUCAACCGAACCAACAAGUUUACGCAGGGAUUCCAAAAUUUGAUUGAAUCAUACGGAGUUGCGUCGUACCGUGAAUGUAAUCCGGGCUUAUACACGAUCAUAACGUUUCCAUUUUUGUUCGCCAUUAUGUUCGGUGAUUUGGGUCACGGCAUAAUUUUGUUUCUACUUGGCCUAUGGAUGGUUGUCUGGGAGGAAAAACUCAACAAGAAUAAGGACGAAAUAUGGCAGUUGUUUUUCGGUGGCCGGUAUAUUAUUCUACUGAUGGGAUGUUUCUCAAUGUACACCGGAUUCGUUUACAAUGAUAUUUUCUCAAAACCGAUGAAUAUUUUUGGAUCAUCCUGGACCGUGGGUUAUAAUGUUUCCACUGUUAUGACGAACAAAGAACUUCAGAUGAACCCCGGCGAAGAUUACUCGGAAACGGUUUAUUGGUACGGAUUGGAUCCUGCGUGGAUGCUGUCUACGAAUAAAAUUAUCUUUUUGAACUCCUUCAAGAUGAAACUAUCGAUCAUUUUCGGUGUAGUUCAUAUGAUCUUCGGCGUUUGCAUGAGCGUAGUAAAUCACGUACACUUCAGGAACCCAAUCAAUAUCCUGUUGGAGUUCCUUCCUCAGCUGUUGUUCCUUCUGCUGCUCUUCUUGUACAUGUGCUUCAUGAUGUUCUUCAAGUGGAUUCAAUACACCGCCGUUACGGAAGAUGACGCGUUGAAACCGGGUUGCGCUCCGUCCGUGCUUAUUAUGUUCAUCAACAUGAUGCUGUUCAAAGAGCAGAAACCACUGGAUGGUUGUAAGGAGUUUAUGUUUGAGGGACAGAAAGAAUUACAAACGAUAUUUAUCUUCAUUGCACUCAUCUGCAUUCCGUGGCUAUUGCUGGCAAAGCCUUUCUAUAUCAAGUUUACUCGAAAGAGCAAACCCGUCGGCUCGAAUCACGUAGCUUCCGGUGGCCAUGGAGAUCACGACGAAGAACCGAUGAGUGAAAUUUUUAUUCACCAAGCGAUUCACACGAUCGAGUAUAUUCUUAGUACCAUCUCCCACACGGCUUCCUAUUUGCGUCUGUGGGCUCUGUCACUGGCACAUGCUCAACUGUCUGAGGUGCUUUAUACUAUGGUGUUCCACAUUGGGCUCAAAUCGGAAGGUGAGUACGUAGGAGCUGUCAUGGUCUACCUGGUCUUCUGGCCGUGGGCGGUGCUGACCAUUGGAAUUCUUGUUGGAAUGGAGGGAUUAUCCGCUUUUCUGCAUACCUUGCGUCUCCACUGGGUUGAGUUCAUGUCGAAAUUCUAUCAAGGUUUGGGCCAUCCAUUCCAGCCGUUCUCAUUCAAAGCGAUGUUGGAGGCAGAACAAGAAGAGAAAUAAUUUUUCGUUGAAUAUCCCAAUUUCGCAAUUUAAAAUGUGUAGUAGUCAAGUGUAUAAUAAAUACCUGUUUAAAUCUUUCGA